AUGCCAAGGAGGCUUUUUGAUCCCAAGAACGGGAUAUACGUCGACAAUGAUGAGGACUUGGACCGGCCAUGCUCGUACUGCAAAGAGCAGCCUGCAGCCCUCAGUACAGCUGAGCUCCAUUGGUGCAAGGGAUGCAAGAAGACCAUCUGCGAGAGACACUGGUUCAAUGAAAUCCCCCACGAGCUAGGAAGCGCUGAACAUGUCAGGUUGCGGCCGGCCGACAUCCGAGAGUUGAUAUCAGCAGCCUGGGCCGCUUCGGAAGUCAAGAAGAGGGAUGCGCCUGGGGAGCAAGACUGGCUCAGCGAUGCUACAGGCACAAACGAGCUGUGGACGCUCCAAGGCAGAGAAGCCAGUCUCUGGUUCGGGAUUGAUACAGCUUCGCGCAAGUCCUUUGUUAACCAGGAGCUGCCAAUUGAUCUCUUGCGCGGCUCCAGUGAAACGCAUUUCGGAAAUCAGUUUCCGUGCAUCGUGGCUUUCUUGGGCUCAACAGGCGCCGGCAUAUCCUCACUCAUUAAAGGACUGAAUACGCUGGAUAGCCCUUCAGAAAGUGACAUGGAGAACCCCGUGACCGCUCAUAGCGGUAGGGUGAAACUGGCCAACUCCGGUGUUCAUCUCUUUGCCGACAUUUCAACUGCCUUGUCUGAUCGACCCCUCUUGUACGCCGAUUGCGAAGGCCUGUUUGGAGAAAAUCCAACUGCCAGUGGCGAGCUGGACGAAUUCGUAGCGGAGUCCAUCGAUUCCCUGAGGCAAAUCGGCAAAUGGAUCACUCGUCCAUUCAGCUGUAACCACAGAUUCUUGGAACGCGAGGAUUUUGUCCAAGACGAAUAUCCACGUAUUUUGUAUCCAUUCAGCGACAUUCUUUGCUAUGUGGUCCAGCAAUGGCCGUCGAAUCAGAAAACACUUGUCACGGAUCUGAUUCUGUGGGCAUCGAGGGCGCACGACAAGGCUCUCAAUCAGGCGAUUUUACCGUCUUGCAUUAUCGUCGUCAACGAUACAACCAUGAAGGGCCGGCACCACGAUCAUGAGAUUACCACAGGAGCAAUUCUUGGUGGAAUUGAAAACUAUCCGAUCCAAGGGGAAGAGAUAGAAACGCUCGCGAAUGAAUGGAAUGAGAUUGCCCGGACCCGGAGCAGUCGCAUCACCACCCUCGGCCAGCUGUUUCAUCGGUAUUUCAGGGACGUGCAGAUCCUGUAUAUCCCACCGAGGUCAGGCGGCUCAGCGAAUAUCGUCCGCACUCAACUGCACAAGCUUCGCGAUAAGCUCCAAACGACAAGCGCGGCAAUCCAGCGGCAGCGAGAGGAUACUGGAGGGCGAGUCAACACGAGGCAGUUGGACGUGUACUUGAGUCGUGCCUUUGAAUCUCUUUGGUCUGGUUCCGGGUGGCCGUUUGAUUUUGGGAAGUACGCCACGAUCCAGGAAGAAGCUCCAACCGACCUUUGCCAGCACGCGUGGAACUUGAUGUCGCAGCUCAGAGAGCAGGUGAUGGAUAUCUCGCCCGACCAGUUCGAAAGCUGCGUGGCCAAUCUCCUGUCGUCGUGUGCAAUGUUCCACCUGAUUCGGAGAUUUCCAGAAUUGUCUGUAGAUGGCGGCCGGUUUUCUCCCAGAGGAGGGACCAUUUUCAUCCGUCAUGCAAAGAGGAUCCUUAAACGCGAUGUUGAUGAAUUCGGCGCGGCCUAUCGAAGAUUCCAUCAGGAUUCGCGCUGCUGGUACCGACGAGGCACCAAGCAAUGUCGCAACAGGGCCAAGGGCCAUAGCAAGGACCACCAAGAGUACCACGGGAGCGUCUUUGCGUUUGGAGGGUACCACACCUACUGGACCGAACGGGGCAACAAAAGAUUUGUCAAGAGGAUGCGGGCAACAAUUGCCUUGGGGUUUGGGGUCAUCCGCGGUCUCAGCGAGGAGGAGUUUCUAGAGGCCAUGGAGCGGGUGGCCAAGGAUGGAUUGAAGAUGCAGGCGAUCGGCUCCCUGGAAAGAUGGUUCCCCUACUACGAGGGCUUCUUUUGCGCCAAAAGCCUGGACGAGAGCUUGACGAGUGUGCUAGGAAGUUAUAAGCCCCUGAUUGGAGCUAUAAAAUAUCCGAUCGAGAAGAUGGGGACAUGGACGCGGACGAACUCAAUGGGAAAGGGAAGAAAAGUAAGAGACCUAAGGGUCGGGGCGGUCGCCGCGAUGGAAGAGGGCGAGUCAUAUCAGACGUGGGUAUUGGGAAACUAUCCUCGUGAUGAUGAAGGGACGCCGUUCCCAUGGAAGCCGCGAGCAUAUCGUCAUGCGGAGUCGAUGCCCUUCUUCUCCCUGUGGCAGGCCUCCGUCGCCCCUGGCCUGUUUCCCGCAGCUCGAGCUGCGAACCACGAGUCGUUUGUGGACGGCAAUGCUGCCAAAGUGUCCACCAUUGAGACAGCCAUGGAAGAAGCGGCACUCAUCUGGCCAAGCACACCAGAGGCUCAUAUUGGCGUAAGUAUCGGCGUGGGUCGCUCGCAGAAUCGAACUACACCUUGGUGGUUCAGCCGCGUGGCUUUGCACUCGUGGGAAGAUCGCGACGUUGACCAGUAUGAGGAGGAUCUCGACCCCCAUGAAGCCUGGGAUAAGCACUACAGGACGCUGUCCAGGUCCCAGAGAAGCCGACUCCGCCGCCUGGACGUGGAUUUCCAACAGGAGGCGCUUCCCAGCGUGGUCGCUUCAAAUGAGGUGGAACGCAUGAUUCAUGCGACCACUGAAUACUUCGCAGCAGGCGAGCCGCAUAGGGAACUGAGAAACACGGCAGAAGCUUUGCUUGCAGCGGUAUUCUACCUGGCUUCUGUAAAGACCACGCCAGCAUACUUCGAGACUUGCACGAUGUUCACAAUCGCUUGCCAACUAGCCGAGGAGCACCAAGAGGCCUUGUUUGAUCGCCUUGAAGCAUCGAAUUGUGUUUUUGUUGUUGAGGGAGGGCGGGAGAGAUCCGAGGUCCAGCUGAAACGCCCGGAAUAUAACCAACCAUUUGAGCAGGACUUUCCGUGGUUGGCUGAAUACACCGUGGCGGGAGAGACGCGGUUCUUCCUUGCUUUUCCGCACGGGGAUGGUGGAGAGGACGAAAUCAAGGCAGAGGAAGAGGCGCCAGGCAAGUCGGCCCCGGCUCGGAAGUAUCACAUAAACGGGAGCCCCUGGAGCUCUUGA